GUGCAGGGCGGGCGGCUGGUCAGGUCAAUGUAACUGUACACAGGCGACCUUCAAGUAUUCUCCCUUCACUGCAUCUGCACACAUCCACUGAUCUGAGUCUGAGCUGAGCUCUCGUCGACACCACAUGUUUCCUCUUCUUCUAUUAAAGAAACCCCAUGCUGUCGGUGUACCCAGCUCGUUCAAUGCGCCCGGUGUCUCCUCCUCCCAACUACACACCCCCGCAAUCUCGCUCGCUAGCUCGCUGAUCGAUCAAGCUCAAGCUCAAGCUAGCUUCGGUCGUCGGCAAUGGCGGCGCAGGCGUCUCCUCCAACGAAGAAGGUGUUGGUGCCGAUCGUCGCCGGCACGGAGCCGGUGGAGGCGGCGGUGCCCAUCGACGUCCUCCGCCGCGCCGGCGCGGACGUCACCGUGGCUUCCGCCGAUGAUGGCGAGCUGGUCGUCGAGGUCAUGUACGGCGUCAGGAUCGUCGCGGACGCGCUCGUCGCCGGCGGCGACUGCGCCGCCGCUCACUUCGACCUCAUCGUCCUCCCGGGAGGGGUUCCAGGCGCGGCGAACCUCGGCGGCUGCGCGGCGCUGGAAGCCAUGGUGAGGAGGCACGCGGCGACCGGAGGUCUCUACGCCGCCAUCUGCGCCGCGCCGCCGCUGGCGCUGGCGUCCUGGGGCAUGCUCAACGGCCUCAAGGCAACUGCUCAUCCGCUGUUCGUGGACAAGUUCCCACCGGAGGUGGCCGCCGUGGAUGCGAGCGUGGUGGUGGACGCGAGCGCCGUCACGAGCCGUGGCCCGGCGACGUCGACGGAGUUCGCUCUCGCUCUGGUAGAGCAACUCUACAGCAAGAACAAGGCCGAGCAGAUCGCAAAAGAAAUGCUUGUCAGAUACGAUGCUGGGUAUACCAUCGAUGAAGUCAACUCGGUUCAAUGGAAAUGUAACGGCACGCCCAAGGUCCUUGUUCCAGUAGCCAAUGGCACCGAGGAGAUGGAGCUGAUAACAAUCAUCGACGUCCUGCGCAGAGCCGACGCGGACGUCGUCGUUGCGUCGGCGGAAAACGCCGGCGUCGAGAUCGUCGCGCGCCACGGGAUGAGGAUCGUGGCUGACACGACGCUGGACGAGGCGGCUGCCGAUGAUCAGACGAGCAGCUUCGACCUGAUCAUCCUACCGGGUGGCACGCCUGGCGCGAAGACGAUGAGCAGCAACGAGAAGCUUGUCACUCUACUGAAGAAGCAGGCGGCGGCGAGCAAGCCCUACGGCGCCAUUGGCGCCGCGACGGCUCAUGUGCUCGAGCCCCACGGUCUGCUCGAGGGCAAGAAAGCGGCGGAUCAGGAUGGCGGCGACGAGUGCGAGAGCAGAGUGGUGGUUGAUGGGAACGUGAUCACGAGCGGAGGCACCGGCACCGCCAUGGAGUUCGCCGUGGCCGCCGUCGAGAAGCUGCUCGGCCGCGACGUGGCGCAGAGGGUUGCGGAAGGCUUGCUUUUUGCCUGAUCGAUCUUCUGUUGGUUUUAGGUGAUCAAACCAAUGAAAGUUUUCAUAAUGCAGAUGUGUGAUCUGUGAAAGAGAUAAUUUUCCUUCCAAGAAAAAGACAUAAAGAGUUGUCAUUUGUCAAACCAUCAACAUUUGUUCUCCCAUAAACUUAUAAGGGUGUUUUCUUAAUUUAUAGCUGAUGGAUUGAUUGAUGGAUAGAAAUGAGUUUUUAUGACAA